UUUUUUGGUCGGCAAAGAGGGUUAGAUAUACAGGCCCCGAGAUCACCUCAGGGGUUGUUGUUUUGGGCUUAUUUAAAGAAGUGCAGUUUGUUUUUUGGUUCUGCGAGGAACACCCAAAUUAUUAAAUUGCAGCUUUUGUAAUUUGGAAUUUGGAAAGUUAAUUGGAAAUUAUUAAAAAAAAGGGAAAUGGGUUUGGAAUGGUGGAGACUUCUUGAAGCUUUUGUUGUUGUUUUUCUGUUCUUUCAUAGCUCUUGUUGUUCAGAUAAAGCUCCAAACUACAUGUUUGUGAAAGAAGCAACAUCGGCUCCGGCAGUGACAUACUACGACUACAUAAUCAUCGGAGGAGGAACCUCCGGUUGUCCUCUAGCCGCCACUCUUUCCCAAAACGCCGCCGUUUUACUCCUCGAACGCGGCGGUUCUCCUUACGGCAACCCAAACAUCACCAACUUAGCCAAUUUCGCCUCCACUCUCUCCGACAUCUCUCCGGGAUCGCCUUCCCAGCAGUUCAUCUCCGAAGACGGAGUCUACAACGUCCGAGCUCGAGUUCUCGGCGGCGGCUCUGCCUUGAACGCCGGCUUUUACACUCGAGCCACCGCCGCCUACGUAAAGCAAGCCGGUUGGAAUGGAACCGCGGUUAAUAUGUCGUACGAAUGGGUGGAGAAGAAGGUGGCAUUUGAGCCGCCGAUGUUGGAGUGGCAAUCGGCAGUGAGAGAUGGAUUGGUGGAAGUUGGGGUUUUGCCGUACAAUGGUUUUACGUAUAAACAUAUGUAUGGGACUAAAGUGGGUGGCACAAUUUUCGAUAGGCAGGGACAUAGACACACUGCAGCUGAUUUGCUUGACUAUGCUGAUCCUAAAAGGAUUACUGUUUAUUUGCAUGCCACUGUGCAUAAGAUCUUGUUUCGAUCAAAUCCCGGAAAAUCUAGACCUGAAGCUUAUGGUGUGGUGUAUAAAGAUGCAAAUGGUGGGUUGCAUAGAGCGAACCUUAACACACAUGCCGAAAACGAAAUCAUAUUGUCAGCCGGUGCUAUUGGAAGCCCACAACUUCUAAUGCUAAGUGGUGUUGGGCCUGCUGAUCAUCUUAGGGCCCAUGGAAUCAAGGUGGUUGUGGACAAGCCCAUGGUGGGUCAAGGAAUAGCUGAUAACCCAAUGAAUGCUCUUUUCGUUCCUUCGCCUUUGCCGGUUGAAGUCUCCCUUAUUCAAGUAGUGGGAAUCACCAGGUUUGAUAGCUACAUUGAAGCUGCCAGUGGGAUGAGCUUUGCUUAUUCUUGGGCUCGGACACUUCAUCAAAACUAUGAGCUUUUCUUAAAUAAGACUGGCCGGUCAUUCACAGUGCCUACAGAGGCAAUGACCAAAGCUGCUGACACCUUAAAUGCCGUUAUCAAUACAACCAUUAGAGGUGGAGUCAUACUUGAAAAAAUCAUGGGUCCAAUCUCCACUGGCCAUCUUCAACUUCGAAACACCAAUCCCGAUGACAAUCCGGAAGUCACAUUUAACUACUUUAAAGAACCACAGGACCUUAACAGGUGUGUUGAGGGAAUGAGGACAAUCAUAAAUCUCAUAAAUUCCAAGGCGUUUUCUAAAUUCAAGUACAGCACCACUCCGGUUCAAGCACUGAUUGACUUGAUGGUGAGUUUGCCGGUGAACUUGAGGCCGAAACACCCAAGUGCUGCAAUUUCUUUGGAACAGUUUUGCAUAGACACUGUGAUGACCAUAUGGCAUUAUCAUGGAGGUUGCCAAGUUGGUAAGGUUGUGGAUCAUGAGUAUAAAGUUAUCGGUGUCGAUUCUCUGAGGGUUAUUGAUGGAUCAACGUUUUAUAAUUCCCCUGGAACUAAUCCUCAAGCUACUGUUAUGAUGCUUGGAAGGUACAUGGGAAGAAGGAUUCUGUCUCAAAGAUAUUCCAAUUUCAAGAAGGGAAAAACAACCUGAUCUUUUGUUUUAAAACCAUGGCAGUGGGUCAUCGUCGCUAUACAUUUCUUAUAGAUAUUAGCGUUUUAAAUUGAUUGAUACUAUGUCAUACACAGUAAAUGGCACAUAAUUUGUUAAAUUCUACCU